CUAAGGGGAAGUGACGUCAGUUGGAGCGGCGCUGUGUUCCGGGCUGUACACAGAUGCUUCUGUCCGAGGAACAUUGUUUGGGUUUUAUGUGCGGUUCGGUCAGAGGAAAGAAAGAAGCAGCACAGAAGAAGCUCCAGGAAUCCCAGACAAGAACCUGAGCGCAGGCAGAGGGAAGCUGCAUGGCAGCGGCGGUUACUGCGGGAGGGCCGUCUCUCAUCAUGGAGAACGGACAGACCGCUCUCUCCACCCCCACCCCCAAUGCUACAACCACGUCCACCACUAAGCUGGGGCUUCCUCCACUGACUCCCAACCAGCAGGAGGCGCUGCAGAAGGCCAAGAAGUAUGCAAUGGAGCAGAGCAUCAAGAGUGUUCUGGUAAAACAGACGCUUGUGCAGCAGCAGCAGCUCACCAGCUUACAGAUGGCUCCUCUGACCAUGGGUUUAGGAGAUGCUCUGUCUCCUCUGCAGUCGGUAGCUGCUCAGCGCCAGAGAGCCUUGGCCAUCAUGUGUCGGGUUUACGUGGGUUCAAUCUACUACGAGCUGGGUGAGGACACCAUCAGACAGGCUUUCGUCCCCUUUGGACCAAUCAAAAGCAUUGACAUGUCCUGGGACUCCGUCACCAUGAAGCACAAGGGUUUUGCCUUUGUGGAGUAUGAAGUACCUGAAGCGGCUCAGCUGGCGCUGGAACAGAUGAACUCUGUGGUCCUUGGAGGGAGGAACAUCAAGGUUGGGAGGCCCAGUAACAUUGGCCAGGCUCAGCCAAUCAUUGACCAGCUGGCGGAGGAAGCUCGUGCCUUCAACAGGAUCUAUGUGGCUUCGGUGCACCCGGACCUCUCGGACGAAGACAUCAAGAGUGUCUUCGAGGCCUUUGGGAGGAUCAAGUCAUGCAUGUUGGCCCGCGAGCCGACCACAGGACGCCACAAAGGCUAUGGCUUUAUUGAGUUUGACAAACCUCAGUCAGCCCAGGACGCUGUGGCCUCCAUGAACCUGUUUGACCUGGGGGGUCAGUAUCUGCGGGUGGGGAAAGCUGUGACUCCACCCAUGGCUCUCCUCACGCCGACGACUCCUGGAGGACUCCCAGCAGCAGCGGCCGUGGCUGCUGCUGCCGCUAACGCAAAGAUCACAGCUCAGGAUCCAGUUGGAGCCUCUCUCCUGGGGCCCCUGGCUGGACCGGCCCUUCUCUCUCAGCAGCUGGGCCUCCCUCAGGCCGUCAUGGCUGCCCAGGCCCCAGGCGUCAUCACAGGUGUAACCCCGGCGCGGCCUGGUCUGCCUCAGGUGGGGCUAGUGAACCCGGUGUUGGCCACACCCCCUUCAGUGACGGCGUCUCUGGGCAUCGAGCUGAAGAAGAAGGAGGAGCAGCAGCAGGAGGCGCAGCAGGACGGUGCCUCUGAGCCGCUAAGUGAACAGGAGCACAUGAGCAUCAGCGGCAGCAGCGCACGUCACAUGGUGAUGAGGAAGCUGCUCCGGAAGCAGGAGUCCACCGUCAUGGUCCUCAGGAACAUGGUGGGCCCCGACGACAUUGACGACGACCUGGAGGGUGAGGUGACAGAGGAGUGCGGGAAGUUCGGCGUGGUGAAGCGGGUCAUCAUCUACCAGGAGCGUCAGGGGGAGGAGGACGACGCCGAGGUCAUCGUUAAGAUCUUCGUGGAGUUCUCUGAGGCGGUUGAGAUGAACCGCGCCAUCCAGGCCCUGAACAAUCGCUGGUUUGGGGGGCGGAAGGUGGUGGCUGAGGUCUACGACCAGGAACGCUUUGAUAACGGUGACCUUUCAGCGUAGACUUUGGAUGACGCGUUCUGAAGGUGUCCAUCACCAUAGAACCACCUCCUUCAGAUCAGAACUAACGGACUGGACCCAGCUGCUGUUUCUUCCAGAACUAGUUUCUCCUCUUGGUUUCCCUCUGACAGAACCUUUCUUAGACCCACUGGACUUCUUCAAAGCUGGCGGUCACAGGUCGGUUUUAGAUCUGGGCCUUCUUGGGUUCUUGCUUCUGUUUAGAGACGAGCAGUAAACAAGCAGCUGCCACCCCAGUGGGGAUGAACCACUGAUCCAAAGAAGCUGCCACCCCAGUGGGGAUGACCCACUGAUCCAAAGCAGCUGCCAUCCCAUUGGGCCUUCUUUAGGUGGUUCUAGAGCUCAGCGAUCUUGGUCCAGUCAGAACAACCUAAAUGGAUUCUCAAAACUUAAUGAACAGAACCUUGUGGUGGGAAGUGUUCAGGCUGUGAAAAAAAUGUCAAUAAAUGUUUUCCAGGUGUUUCAACAGUA